UUUUUAUGUUAAUUUUUAUUUUAUUUUUUUAUUUUUUUUUAUUGGCUGCCCGCCUGGUAUUAGGCACUGUACACUCGACGCCCUUGGCUAGGUUCCUUUGAGAACGGUUGUUUGUGCCUUCCACUUUUUGCCUUUUUGGAGUCUCAGACGGGACUUUCCAACAGAAGCCCCUCCCUCGCACCCCUCACUCACCCCUCUCCUCCGUCCGUCCCCCGCCCCCCAGCAAAGCACCAAAGCACAGCGCUGGCUGGCUGGCUUGCUGGCUGGACGGAUCAGGGAGGGGAAAAAGAAGCGGCCCCUGCAAGAAGGAAGGGUGCGGCCGCUCAUGUCUUUGACGGUCUUUUUUUACGCAGCGCUGUGUACGGUACAGUAGCUUACGGUACGUACAGGGGAUCCACCUGCUGCAGUCCACCAACAGCGGCGCUCGGUUUGGCUGGCAAAAGAUGCCGCCGAUGCGAGCGAGACCUGCGAGUGAUCGAGGAUCCCUCUUACUCUCUCUUCCUUGCUGCUUUUUUUUCUUGCGAGGGUAAGAGAGGUAGCGGGUUGGAGGUGGCUCUUACUAGUGUCUGCUCUGCAGUCCCGCCUGUGACCAGCGAGUGACCAGAAACGAAUUGAUUACGGGUGACUCUUGGUGACUCGGUGACCUGACCUGACAUGACCAAGCCCAUCCAGCCAGCCUUGACUUGGACUUGACUGGGCUCGUCCUGCUAAGAAAACUGAUACCUACUUGGGCUUGAAACUGGAACUUGCUCGACGGGACAAGUGCCUUGCCUUUUUUUGCUCCGCCCUGCCCCCCAUGUUCCAUGCUCAGGCUCCAUGCUGCUUCGGGUCUUUCUUGCUUUUGAUGAUACAAAACCGACACGAUCCCCAACAGCCUGUUCCGCCCGUUCCCUUUCUUCUCCCUUUUUGCUCUCUUCCCGACACCUGCCUUCCCUCAACACACAGCCGAACCCGUAUCCUCACCACCAUCCCUUUGAGGUCUUUGCUCUCCUGUUCAGCUUUUGUGUCCUUGUCGGAGCACAUCUCCAACCAAGCGCUUUUAUCUUCUGCCUCUCGGCUUAUCGGCGGUUUUCCUUCUGGUCUUAUCAGUCCUCUGGCCCGGUGUGGAGUCUGGAGCUCGGUCUAUCUAAGCUGUCACCUCAUACGUGGGAUUUAUGAAUGAAUAAGUGAGCAACCAAGAGCAAUUCACCCCCCACCCCUCCCCUCCCUCUGGGAUUUUGCAGGGGCGUGAUGGGCAGAGCCUGCCGCCGGAGGGCACGAGACUGCUGUGGGCAGUUAGAUUUUUCUUGGAGAUGAAUAAUAACUGACUCCGCCGGUUGCGCUCAAGUUGCAGAGUAGAAAACUUCCACGAACAUUGCCCUUGAUUUGCGACUGCCUGGCCUCAGCGAGUAUAUCUGGUGAUAACACGACGGCGAAAGUGAGCAUCACUCUAACCCUGUCCACGACCCCGAAACGAGCCCGUUUUUGCGGUUGGGAAGACUCGGACACGCUGGACAUUUACUUAUGCAUGGUGGAGGAUCAAAGUUUCAGCUUUGCCAGUCGUAAAUCUGGGCCAUCGAGGUUCUCAGCCACUAGACUGAGCCAAUAUUCAACCUAACCAUCACGAAGUCCCACCACCGGCUGGAAGCAAGAGAGGAUUACGAGCCAGAGCAUUUUUAGGGAACGGCAGAGCGGUGAGAGCCACAAGCUCAGGAGCUUCGCUUUCUUUGUCCAAAACACCUGGGACAGUUGCCAUCUCCGCUGAAAGGAGCCCAACCACGGAUCAGGAAGUUCACGGCGGAAACUGCAGCAGCCUCACACCCCCAUAGGCUAUCUACUGCAGCUACCCGUUGUGAAUCGCAAUCAGAACCACGGUCCGGGUGACUGAGCAGAGCAGGAUGGAUCAAAUGGACUAUGAGAUGCACCAGGCCGAGGUGCCAACCUCUCAGGCGCCCGCACAUCCAGCAACGCAUUCCGGAUUCCAAGGUGUGCCACCACAGGGUCAGGGCGGUUGUCCCUUUUUCCGGAAUGAACAACAGCAUCGCCAGCCAUCAGGCUUGCCCCAUCUUCACCCCUCAUACCCGCACUACCACCAUGGCGUUAACUCUCUGUACCACCUGUCCAGACAAAACCAAGGACCCCACGCUCCUCGGCCAUCCCACAGCCGCAACCUCUCCCUUCAGCCACACCAUCACCCUCAACAGCCCAGCCACGGACAACUGCAACAGCAACAACAGCAACAACCACAACAACAACAGCCACAACAACCGCAGCAGCAGCAACAACACCAACAACACCAACAGCAACAACAACAACAGACUCAAAACCCCCCAUUGUCUCUGCCACUGCCUCAUUCCCAGUCCCACUCGCACUCGCACUCGCACUCCCUCUCUCAUCCCCAUCCGCACUCGCACUACGAUCCGAUCUACCCCGGAUGGUCCUCUUCGGCACAGAGCGCCAGUCCCGCAUAUCAGUGGGUGGCCCCCGCUUCUGUCCCCGGCCCUCCCCCGUCACAUGCCGUCCCGCUCCUUUCGGUUCCGUUGCAGCUGCAGUCAAUCUUGAGGCCGUCAGGCUCCGAUCAAUUCUUUCCCAACGGCGGAGCAGGGAGUACAAACCCUAGCGGGUCCAACUCUGUGCUACCCAGCUUUCACUCGAACCAAAAUCUUCCACAUCUCGAUUCCACCGUGCCACCACCCUUCUCCUUCCCCUACCGCCAUCCUUCUGCCCUCCACCGGUUUUCGGUGGCGCCAGCUAUUCAGAACCACCAGAGCCACUCGGGCUUGCCACAAGCCCCGUCUUUUCCUCAAGCGUCAACCCAAAACCAAACCCACCAACUUUACCAGACUCAGCCUGGCCGGGAGGCGCUGUCUUCCGUAGCCAUGAAUACCGACCGCCCUUCUCCCGGCGAUGCUCCCCCCGCUCAGCCCUCCCAGGCAGCUUCGAGUACCAACAUGUCUUCCAACCCAAGUUCCGGAGCCGGCCCGGCGUCCUCUGGCUUGCCCCAGCCGGUCAAUGGCUCAGGGGAGCCGUCGAGACGAUCGGAUCGUGGCCCCGGGAGCAACAUGGCGUCCGGUCAGUUACCGCUUCCCGAACCUCGCCCAAUGACCGCCGGUGACUCGACCCUGGCCAUGUAUCGGGGGUUCAGUGGUGAACAACGCCGAAGCGUGAUUCGUCGAGCUCGUGCUGAGCUGGCCCAACCAACCGGCGACGACUACGAUGAAAGCGAAGAGGACUACAGCCCGAUCGACGACGACGAUGAAGCGUACCGCUUUGCCACCCAGUUCGGCCACGGAUACAUGCCGGACGAGAGUCGUCUCCGCCAACAGCAGCUUCUUCGUGGCCAGAUGUCGAGCAACAAGCGUGUGGCCUCCAAGAAAGCAUUGGCCUCGUUGCAGAGCGUCGAUAUGGAGAGCCUGACGGCAUCCGAGAGAACCUGUGUCAUUUGCUACAAUGACUUUGGAGUGACGAGUCCCGAGGGGAUCAGCGAGGCUCCGCUUCGACUUCCAAAGUGCAAGCACAUUUUCGGUGACCACUGCAUCAAGAAGUGGUUUGAAGAGUCUGACAGCUGCCCUUACUGCCGAGACAAGGUGCCUUCUGACCCUGUCAUGCCCCCCAGUGUUCAGGGAUAUAUUCGAGCGACGGCAGAGUUUGUAGGAAUGCCAUAUCGGCAUGGCCCAGAACCAGGCAGCCGAUUGCCUACCCACCCGCCGUCGAGAAGUGUCCAGAGCGGGGAGCGCCGGGCCUCUCCCUCCGACCCCUCGACCGAAAGCAUGCGGAGGACUCGGGCCCGUUUCGGUGCCGCCCGUGGCUACGGCCCUCCAGCUUCGAACUUUGCCACUCCUUCGGGCUCUCGCCCGGGGCCUCCCCAUGGUGCUUUCCCGAGCAUGGCCAGUUUUCCUGGCUCAGUUGGUGCUGCCCCCCCGGGGCCAUUCCAACCAAGUGGCCCGCCAGGAGCAAGCGCUCCAACCGGGUAUGGGCAGCAACAGCAACAUGGGCAGGGGCACCCUCUUCCCCGAUACUAUGCGCCAUAACCUGUUGCAGUUUUCGGCGCCGCCUGCACCGGCCGACUCUCUGAGGAGCCCUUCGAUCCUCCGUCCUAACCCGUCUGCUUUUCCGUCUUUGUUACCCGAUCUGAACGCACCAUGCACGCACCCAUUUUUGGCAGCUGUGCGUCAGGGAAUGUCCGCCCGCGGCGCGAACCCUACUCCUCAGCCGGCCCCAGCCCCCCGGAACUUGUCAAGAGCCAGACCGGGAUACAACUCGACAUACUCGACCACGAGGGACGGCCGGUCAAAUGCCGACUUGAUUGCGGAGGUAGAGGCUCAGUUGAGAGCAGAGACGCUUGGACCGGCUUCCAGCAGAACGUUGGGUGGCCCACAGGUCGUUCGCGAGCGGCUGCAUCAGCAACGGGCGUCAUCAACAAGCUUGCUCGCUCCCCAGCGAGGCUAUGGCCAUCCGCAGCCUCAGUUGCCCCAGAACACCCGCGGGGAAGCGGGUGAGCCGCCACAAAAACGACGUCGGAGCGGUAGCUUCAGCGAGGGGAAGCAGUGAGCGAGAGGCGGCCACUGACAACGAACCAGCUUUUGUGAUUUCUUUUUCUCUUUUUCCCUUCAUCCUUAAUACCCAAACUCGUCUCUUUUUUUUUUUUUUUUUUUUCCCAUCAACUCUGCGACGUUUUCGUCUCCUCUCCUGAUGCCUUUCCGGAGUCGAUCUAUACCAUGCCUCCCACUCUUUGUUUUCUCCUUUUCUUUUUUCUUUCCCACUCGUACCGCACAGACAAUAUGGGCAUAGACUUUUGAUUUUUUUCGGGAGCAACACAAAACGGCACAGCAGCUGAAGUUCUGAGACUUCUUUCUUCAAUCGCCACUAUUUUCUUUUCGGCGCUUUUUAACCUCGUGUGGCUUUGAUCAUUGCGAGCCACGGGUUACCAACAAGAACGGCGUUUUCUUUUUCGCCAGUGGGAGGAAAACGAAACGCGAUUUGGGAUGGCUUACGCGGGAGCUCGGUUUUUCGGUUCAGUUCACCAAGAGUGACUUUUCGUUUUCUUUGACUGGAGGGGUGGGAAGGAAAGGGAAUGGUUUUGGUUUUGGCUUGGUGCUGUUUUUUCUCAUUUGGCCUCAUUGCGAAAACGAAUCGGCUAUGAGAGGACAUUGUUCGGAAAGGGGGGAUUCAUGAUGGAGUUUUGUCACUUUUUUUCUCUUUUUUUUUUCUUUUUUUUUUUUACGUUGACAAUCAGUCUGCGAUUUGCGAUUCGGUGGGGAUUGCGUCCGGCAAGAAUGAGACCAGGCAGCGAAGAACGGGCAGCAAGUGAAUCUACGAGAACGGAGAAGGAAGAGAGAUUUGCAGCGGAGUGAGCAAAGGGCAUGGAAUAAGUGGACUGGACUGGAAGUGAUGAUGGGACGGGUAGUGGGAAUGGUAAUCUCGCCACUUUGAGGGGGGCGGUGGCUAGACGAGAUGAGAUGGGAUGGAUGGGAUCCGAUUUCGUGCCUUGGGCUAUUGUCUCUUUUAUACUUGUUACCCUGAAUUCGUCGUCACUUCGGUCUAGCUUCUUUCGUUGAUGCCUCCUAGCCUUGCGGUAAACAGGAGCAAAGGCUGGCGAAACAGAAUAGGGAGACUACAUCACUCUUCUCAAUAAGCGCUUGGUGUUCUGUGGGGUAGCUGUGAUUCGUGAAGAGGAAUAGCAGCAGAAUAAGCGAUGGUUAAAUAUGUUUUGCGGUGCAUGAAACCAAGCAGAGUGGAUAU